UUACCCGAGACGAGGGGGGAGGAAAUGGCGAGCGAGGAAUACGAGGUCGACAAGAUCGUGGAGCACAAGUGGGACAAGAGGAAGCGGAAGCGGAUGUAUAAAGUCAGAUGGGUAGGAUACGGCCCCUUUUACGACACCUGGCAGUCGGCGAAGGACCUCAAGAACGCGCACGAGGUCCUCAGGAAGUACAAGAGG